AUGGCCCUUUCGUUUCUGCCUCACGAGGGGAAUCUCGUUGGGAUAUUCCUCGUGCUGGUUCUUUUCUUUCUUGCUCCAGCAUCCCCCGCCGCCGUUGAGCCUCCUUUGAAAGUUAUCUCGAUCGAAGAACCAGAGAGCCCUAGAGGGGACUCCCCAUCCUUCACCUGGCCCUUGCCUCGCCUCAGCGAGCGUGAUGGUUCGUGCCCCGUCUCUGGACAGACCUGGUGUGGGAACGAACUUCCUGGAGACUUUUGCUGCCCUUCCGAUUCCAGCUGCAAAGUCCUUGCUGCAAACACCACCAUCCUAUGUUGCCCAGAAGGAAGUGAAUGCAACAUCAUCAAGGCCAUCACUUGCGAGAUUGCCAGCCAGGACUCAUCCAAGUAUCCAGGCGCCCCCAUCAAGACCCUUGCGCAGGAUCAGAAACUGAAGCGUUGCGGAAGCAAGACUUGUUGCCCAUUUGGAUACAGCUGUGACGAGGAGUCACGUUGUGUUCGCGACAAAGACCAGGAGGAGAGCUAUGCGUUUCUGAUUCCCGAGCCUUCAUCAACAGCAAGCUCUACGUCGACCUCAGAGCCAUCAUCCACUUCACCUCCCGAAUACCUUCCGGUUGAAACGUCGGAAGCCCCCGGGGUCAUUCCUGGAACACCUCCCAGGGCUUCAGCCUCAGCCACAUCUACCGAGUCAUCAACACCAGAUGAAGACGAGGAACAAAGCCGCAGCGGAGUGGAACCAACAGGCGUGGUGACGGCAGGUACAGUGGCCGGCGUUUGCUGUCUCGCCGGGAUCGGCAUCUUUAUAUGGAUGAAGUGGUUCCGAAGGAAAACCCCCAAGGGAACUCCCAUACUACACGACACUCGGGAGUCAUGGGGAUACUUCUCAUCAACAGGGAACACCCCAAUGAUGACCAAGUAUCUUCGUGUUACCCGUGGACCUAAUGAAAAGUUCGUUGUGACACCCACAACGCCUGCCUUUUCACCACUUCGACCACCCUCUCAGAGAAGAUCAGAGAGUCCUGUGGAGCUUCCAGCAACACCUGUCUCGCUCUGCAUGUGGAGCAACCUUGAGAACGCGGCCGUGGAGGAGCCAAAGCUGGCCUAUGUUGUACGUGCGAAGCCGCAACAGUAG